CGCCUAUCGUCUCCUCUGCAGCUUCCGGCACGGCCCUGUAGCGCGGGACGCGGCCAAGUCAUGGACCGCAACCCUUCGCCGCCGCCGCCAGGUCGCGACAAGGAGGAGGAGGAGGUCGCCGGGGGAGACUGCAUAGGGAGCACGGUCUACAGUAAACACUGGCUCUUUGGCGUCCUCAGCGGACUCAUCCAGAUUGUUAGCCCUGAAAACACCAAAUCUAGCUCAGAUGAUGAGGAGCAGCAGAUGGAGCUUGAUGAAGAAAUGGAGAAUGAAAUUUGCAAAGUAUGGGAUAUGUCAAUGGAUGAGGAUGUGGCUUUAUUUCUCCAAGAAUUUAACGCUCCUGAUAUAUUCAUGGGAGUACUGGCCAAGUCCAAGUGUCCUCGAUUAAGAGAAAUCUGUGUGGGGAUUUUAGGUAAUAUGGCUUGUUUCCAAGAGAUAUGUGUGUCCAUCAGCAGUGAUGAAAAUCUUGGGCAGGUGUUAUUGCACUGUUUGUAUGAUUCAGACCCACCUACUCUGCUGGAAACAAGCAGGUUGUUGCUUACUUGCCUUUCCCAGGCAGAAGUGGCCAGUGUCUGGGUUGAAAGGAUCCGGGAACAUCCAGCUAUCUAUGAUAGCAUUUGCUUCAUUAUGUCAAGUUCAACAAAUGUUGACUUGUUGGUGAAGGUGGGGGAGGUUGUGGACAAGCUCUUUGAUUUGGAUGAGAAACUGAUGUUGGAAUGGGUCAGAAAUGGGGCUUCUCAGCCUCUAGACCAACCCCAGGAAGAGUCUGAAGAGCAGCCAGUUUUUAGGCUUGUGCCCUGUAUACUUGAGGCUGCCAAACAAGUACGUUCUGAAAAUCCAGAAUGGCUUGAUGUUUACAUGCACAUUUUACAAUUGCUUACUACAGUGGAUGAUGGCAUUCAAGCAAUUGUACAUUGUCCUGACACUGGAAAAGAUGUUUGGAAUUUACUUUUUGACCUGGUCUGCCAUGAGUUCUGCCAGUCUGAUGAUCCACCCAUCAUUCUUCAAGAACAGAAAACAGUGCUAGCCUCUGUUUUUUCAGUGUUGUCUGCCAUCUAUGCCUCACAGACUGAGCAAGAGUAUCUAAAGAUAGAAAAAGUAGAUCUUCCUCUAAUUGACAGCCUCAUUCGGGUCUUACAAAAUAUGGAACAGUGUCAGAAGAAACCAGAGAACUCGGUGGAGUCUAACACAGACGAAACUAAAAAGACUGAUUUAACUCAAGAUGAUUUCCACUUGAAAAUCUUAAAGGAUAUUUUAUGUGAAUUUCUUUCUAAUAUUUUUCAGGCAUUAACAAAGGAGACUGUGGUUCAGGGAGUAAAGGAGGGCCAGCUUAGCAAACAGAAGUGUUCCUCUGCAUUUCAAAACCUUCUUCCUUUCUAUAGCCCUGUGGUGGAAGAUUUUAUUACAAUCCUACGUGAAGUUGAUAAGGCCCUUGCUGAUGACUUGGAAAAAAGCUUCCCAGGUUUGAAGGUUCAGACUUAAAAACUGAAUUGGAAUUAUUUCUGUACAAGAAAUAAACUUUAUUUUUCUCACUGA